AAAGCCAACCAAAAAUUACACUACCCCAUGAAGAACUACCAAAUUUAUCUCUUUCCACAAUUUCUUUCUCUCCUUAUAAUUCAAAUACUUCCAAUUGCCACUCAAAAACAUGCAUGCGACGUGACAAGUUUCCCCCAAGCAUCCCAAUUUCCAUUUUGCGACACUUCCUUGUCAUACGACAUCCGAGCCAAAGACAUAAUUUCACGCCUCACUCUCCAAGAGAAAGUCCAACAAUUAGUCUCAGGAAGCGCGGGCAUUUCCCGCCUCGGUGUGCCUUCCUACGAGUGGUGGUCCGAGGCCCUUCACGGGGUCUCGAACGUUGGACCGGGGACUACGUUCAACGCCACCGUCCCCGGUGCCACUAGUUUCCCCGCAGUGAUCCUCUCCGCGGCGGCUUUCAAUGCGUCAUUGUGGUAUAAGAUGGGGCAGGCCGUGUCGACUGAGGCUCGGGCCAUGUACAACGCGGGCCUCGCCGGGUUGACGUAUUGGAGCCCGAAUGUCAAUGUGUUUCGCGACCCCCGGUGGGGCCGGGGGCAGGAGACACCGGGGGAGGACCCUCUUGUGGUGUCCAAGUAUGCAGUGAAUUAUGUGAAAGGUCUCCAAGAAGUGAGUAAUGAGGAAGGUAGUGGUGGUAAUCAGGGUGAUAGGCUUAAGGUUUCUAGUUGUUGCAAACACUACACCGCUUAUGAUGUUGAUAAUUGGAAAGGUGUUGAUCGGUUUCAUUUUGAUGCCAAGGUGACAAAGCAGGAUUUAGAGGACACGUAUCAGCCACCAUUCAAAAGCUGUGUGGAGAAGGGCCACGUCAGCAGUGUGAUGUGCUCAUAUAACAGAGUAAAUGGGAUUCCCACCUGUGCUGACCCGGACCUUCUCAAAGGGGUGAUCAGAGGCCAGUGGGGUCUGGACGGGUAA